AUGAAUCUUUAUGAUAGAUACAACGAAAACUUGAUUGAUGAGAAUGAACAACAAUCAAAUACACCAACUGAUGAAAAUAUCAUCAAUUGGGUAAAAGAUGCAUUAUUUAAUAAAAAAAUAUCCCCAUCUAAAAAAUAUCAACAGUUGUCGGAACAAGACGGACUAAAUACAAACAUGAUUUCUGAAUUUAAAACUAAUAAUAAUAAUAAUAAUAAUAAUAAUUACCAUCAUCAUAGGUCUAAUUCAUUGGAUGGUCUUACAGAAUCCUUUUAUCAGAAAUAUGAUCUUUUACAUGAUAAUACAGGUAGUCAAUAUGAACCAUCUCCAUGGAGACAGCAACAACCGCAAAGUGCAAAAGCGACUAAUGAUGAUUAUAUAAGGGACCGAUUACAAGAGACUCGUCUUCGUAGUCCGCCAAAUCUUCAUCCUAGAGUUAAUCCUACUUAUAGAGAAAUGAAUGAUACUUUUUACAACCAUGGUAAUAAUAGACAAUUUGAUCAAAAUAAUGAAAUCAACUAUAAUUCUCCAAGACAAGGUGAUCCUUUACUUAAUAAAUUAUUUAUAGGUGAAAAUAACAACAAUCUUAAAGACUCCGUUUUAGAUAGUAGACGAUUGCCUGAUUCUUUCCCAGGUAAAUUUCCUUCUCCAAAGAAAUUUAAUCAAAGAGAACAACAAAAAAAGUCUCAAUUGAAAACGGAACGUGUUUAUGAUGAUCUUUUAAAUCAGUUAUCUUUUAAUACCAAUCAAUUACAUAAAUUGGAUGAUAUAUUAGAAGAACAAAAACAAGAAUUAAAGACACAAGAAAAUCAUUAUAAGAAGAAUUAUGAAUUAAUUAAAAAUGAUUAUAUCAUAUCAUUAAAGGAUUCACAAAAGAUAUUGGAUCGCUCAAUAGACCUUAAUAAACAUAAUAGAAGAUUAAGAGCCGAAAAUGAUCAACUGAUAUAUGACAAUAAAAAUGAAAAAGAAUUUUAUUUGCAACAGAUAGAAAUAUUAAAGACAGAAUUAAUAGAUGCCAAACUGUCUUAUAAGUCUGAAAUGGAUUCAUUGAAUCAUAGAAUAGAAAAUCUACAGAUAGAAAAUAAUCGUUUAAUAAUGGAGAAUAACUCUUUGAAAUAUUCAACGACUGAUAGAACUAACCUUCCUUAUAUAUGA